UCAUCUUCUGCCAAGGUAUUGGAGAAGCUGGGAAAGUGGCCAUGCAACUGCUUUGCAAACAUACCCUCCUUCCUCCAUAUACACCAGCACAAAGGGGACCACGAAACAUCUGUGAAUCCAGUCAUAGAAAUGGCAGAUGAAAAUAUAUUCCAGAGUCUCCUGAAAAUCUUGACUAAAGCUUCAAGUGAAAUAGAAUUGGUCUGCAAGGAUUCCACAGAAUUGAUAACUCUAGAUACAUGUCAGCUGUUUAUAGCAGAAUGUUUCAGAUGUCUACGGAAUGCAUGUGUUCAGUGUGCCAAGAACCAAGAUAUUAUGAGGAAUUUGGGUCUGAUUGAAGUGUCAGUCCACUUGAUGCAGUUGCGUCAUGGAUUAGAAGUUCAACAGGAAUCAUUACUGGCAGUUUUACGCUGUAGCCUCCAGUUUCUUGGAAACCUUGCAGCAGGAAAUGGAGACUCCCAGAAUAGCAUUUGGAAGUGUGCUUUCCCUGAUCUUUUCUUGAAUUGCCUCAACCACCAUGAUAAGAAAAUUAUUACCUAUUGCUGUAUGGUCCUGUUCACCUGCCUUAACUCAGAGAAAGUGAGAGAACUACUGGAGCAUAAGAACUUGAAUAUAGCUCUUGCUGUUCUAAAUACCUAUAGAAAACAACUGGAGUCUGAAUGGUCGUUCUUGAUUUUUACAGACCAUUUGCUGCAAUGUCCAGAACUGGUAAAAGUCAUGUAUGCCAAACUGAGCAAUCAAGAAAGGAUUACUUUGCUAGAACUGAUAAUGGCCAAAAUAAGUGAGAACAAUUCAAUGACCAAUGAUGAAAUGGCUGUACUCCUGAAAGAUGCAGAGUUUUUUGCAAGCUGUUUCCAGGAGAAAUGUCAUGAUGUACUCAAAUUAACUUCUGCUACAAAGACUGAAGAUGAGGAAGCAAUAGUUACAAUUCGACUUCUUGAUGUUCUUUGUGAAAUGACCUCAAAUAAUGAACAACUGGAACAUCUACAAACUUAUCCUGGUUUGCUUGAGACAACUGUGGAUACUUUGCGGCUAACUCAUCUGGCUGGGAAACAGACUACAAAUAUCUUCACUGCCACACAUUCUGUGACUGGGGAGGCAGAAAUUUCACAUCCAGCUGUCGGUUUUAAAUCACACCUCAUUCGUUUGAUUGGAAAUUUGUGUUACAAGAAUAAGGAAAACCAAGACAAGGUUUAUCAAUUAGAUGGAAUUCCACUGAUUCUGGACAACUGCAGUAUUGAUGACAACAAUCCUUUUGUGAAUCAGUGGGCAGUGUAUGCCAUCCGAAAUCUCACUGAGAAAAAUGAAAGAAAUCAAGAUGUUAUUGCACAAAUGGAGCAGCAGGGGCUGGCAGACAAUUCCGCCCUCAAGAACAUGGGCUUGGAGAUUGAGAAGCGAGAUGAGAUGCUAGUACUGAAGUCUGUUAGAAAGAACCCAACUUCAUGAGCAGCCACAUGUCAACUUUUUGAAGAUUGUCAUCAAGUAAAAACAAGGAUACUUCCCAUAGAAGGCUAUAUGAAGGACCUGUAAGAAUUUUCCUUUUUUUUUUUUUUAGCUUAAUUUCCAACCUGCUAGAAGUAUUGAGAUGUUUUCCAAAGAAUUUGUCAAAGAAUAAUGGUCAUUCGCUACCCACUGUGAGACAUGAACACCACAAAAACAUACCCUUUUUCUGAACUGGAAAUUGCUGGUAAUUUCAUUUUUUUUUUCGAGUGGAAAAGUGUCAUGAAGUCAAGAAGCUGAUUAAUGGUUACCUAGUUCAUGUUAAAAAAUCACUGAGAUGUCACUUCUGUGGUAUGUUAGAAGUAGCAGUGCUGGAUCAGUUCUAACUAAUGUUGGUACUUCAAAAAAUCAGAAUGUUUGUUUAAAAAUGUGUAUUUAUAGAAGAUGAAAGUGAGAAAUUGGAUAUCAAUAAACUCUGAAUUAAACAUA